AGCAGAGGCACAGUUUGCGCGGGCCGCUGAUCGGGAGUCUAUACUGUUCGCCCCGGGCGCUCUGCCCUUCCAUCACGACCUGGCCGGGCUACGCGAAGGGUUCCUCGACCCAGACCGGGGGGAGGUUCGCGAAAGCCCUUUUUAUCUGUAUCUCACAAACG